CUUUACCGACCUAUUUUACGAGUUCCAUAAAAGUUGUGAAAAAUCAAUAAAACUUGUUGAUUACUGUUUAUGUAUUGUAAGAAAUCGUAACAAUACAAUACAGUUACUAUAACUAGUGCUUUGUACGCGUUUGAGACGUAAAUUUAUUUCAGAAUUUAUUAUUGUCUGUCCGUGAAUAAUUCGUUUAGCUAACAGGGUCGAUAAAAAAGUGAGAGUCGAAUCGAGGUUAUUUGACAGCGCAUAACCGCGCCGCCACAGAGAUAACGAGUUUGCGUUCUAAAUUGCCCUCGUACACAGUUUUAGUUGGUUCCAAACCGCGGCGGUGACUAGACGUCAUAAUGGCUUCUGGAAGAAUUGUUGUUUACGGCGGACGCGGCGCUUUGGGAGCGGCAUGCGUCAACCACUUCAAAUCGGCGAAUUGGUGGGUCGCGAACAUCGACCUUAACCCUAACGACAAGGCCGACGUCAAUAUCACAGUGCCGAAAGACGGAACCUGGGUACAGCAAGAGGAACAUGUAGUGAACGAACUCGGUGCGGCGCUGCAAGGUCAGAAAGUGAAUGCGGUGAUAUGCGUCGCCGGCGGCUGGGCCGGCGGAAACGCCGCUAAGGAGCUGAGUAAGCAAGCAGAACUUAUGUGCAGGCAGUCAGUGUGGAGCUCAACCAUUGCUGCCACUCUUGCCGCCAAAUACCUCUCACCAGGAGGCUUACUAGCACUCACUGGUGCUAAAGCCGCUCUAGAAGGAACUCCGGGCAUGAUCGGCUAUGGAAUGGCGAAGGCUGCUGUCCACCAACUUACCAAGUCCCUCGGUGCCAAAGAUUCUGGACUCCCCGAAAACUCAUUAGCUGUUGCCAUCAUGCCUAUCACCUUGGAUACAGAAAUGAACAGAAAAUGGAUGCCUAAAGCUGACUUCAGCACAUGGACUCCGCUGACCUUCGUGGCUGAACUGUUUGACAAGUGGAUCAAGGGAGACAACAGACCAACCAAUGGCAGCUUGGUUGCUCUUGUUACCAAGAACAAUGUCACUGAAUUAAUUGUCCAAUAAUUGCCAAGCAUUGAUCAUAGAUCAUCAUAAAUAUUCGUAAUAUUUCAAUGCAUUGUUGAAGCCUAGAUGUCUAUUUAUAAAAAAAAAGACUUAAUAUAUUUGUAAUGUUGGUGGCCAAUUUGUAUAUUUGUUGCUCAAUGAUUUUGUUAAUGCUUUUUGCAUUUAAAGAACAAAGUAAUAAUGUACUUUUAAUUAUUUAAAAUGUUUACGAACAUCAGACAAUAAGGGAACAAUCUCAUUUAAGUGUAAAUGUAUGUGGUGCAUAAUAUGAAAUGUAUGUUUGAUGUGAUAUAUCUACUUAUGAAACAUUAAAGGUAGUUGAAUAAAAGAGUAA